GACCCAGUUUCUCACCUCAGGCGAUCCUAGCAGCAGCAGCAGCAGCAAGUUAAAAAGCAAAAACAAUGGGCCUCAUCGAGGGCCACACUCGCUACUCACUAUCACAUUCCCGUUACAAUAAGGAACCGCAACCGCACGUUCAAAUAUCAAACAAUGACCCCAUACCCAGCCCAAGCCCGACAUCUCGACGACAGCCCACAUCCGUAAGUGAACAAACAUCCGAGCUCCUCAAAACCACAGACCACAUCCGGACCCAACUGCGCGAAGUCGAGCGUCUGCGCCAGCUCCACGAUCACAUCCUAGGUGAUGACGAGCGCGCGUGGAUCGACUCGACCAUCCAAGACAUUGCGGGUGCGGCGCGCGACGUGGCGGUUCUGAUCGAGCCGACUCGCGUAGAGGUGGAGGCUCGCAAUGGGAAACUAAGUCUGGGGAGGCAGCUGCGCUGGAUAUGUCGGGAUCGCGGACGGGCGCAAGAUAAGAGGGUUCGCUUGCUGGCUUGUUAUCAGAGUCUUAUGGCUGUCUUGGAGAGGCUUCAGCGGCUGGGUUACUCUACUGAAGCUGCGGUAUAUGAGCUCGAUGCGGGGUCCGUGGCGAAGAGCUUGUCUGAGUCUAGGGAAGUGGCUUCGGAGUUGGAGGGUGAGGUGAAGGCUGGGGUUUCGGGGCCACCGAAUUAUGAGAUGUAUGAUAUGUUAGCUUGGCGGCGGUCCAGGGGGGCUGCGACUAGCAAGGAAAUCGAUCAUUGUCAAGUACGGACUACUACGGGGGAUGUCGGCGUUAGUUGAGGUUAGGGUCUGGAAUAAUCAGCCUUCAAAUUGUUCUGGUCUCUAUCUUGUUUUUACGGUGACGCUUGUUAGUAUAUGAUAUCCCAAUGCUAUAUACACUUGAUAUAACUGAACUAUCUCAUGGCACUCCG